AUGCUGUUGAAGCAUGGUGCUUAUAUUGAAGCCAAGGACUACGUCAGUACAGUACCUGCGCCCCCCUUUUCGCCCCCCUUUAUGAUACACCUGUACAACAUGAUGUAUGGCGGAACACCACUGCACAAUGCCUGCGAUUCGGGUCAUGUCAAGGUGGUGGGGAUGCUGAUGAAGCACGAUGCUGAUGCUAAUGCCGAAGACAAUGUCAGUACAGUACCUGCCCCCUUUUCGCCCCCCUUUAUGAUACACCUGUACAACAUGAUGGAUAACAAAACACCACUGCACUAUGCCUGCGAUUCCGGUCAUGACAACGUGGUGGAGAUGCUGUUGAAGCACGGUGCUGAUGCUAAUGCCAAGGACAAAGAUAACAAAACACCAUUGUACUACGCCUGCCGUAACUGUCAUGACAACGUGGUGGGGAUGCUGUUGAAGCACGGUGCUGAUGCUAAUGCCAAGGACAACGAUAACAAAACACGACUGCACUAUGCCUGCGAUUCCGGUCAUGACAACCUGGUGGAGAUGCUGUUGAAGCACGGUGCUGAUGCUAAUGCCAAGGACAAAGAUGGCAAAGCACCACUGCACUAUGCCUGCGGUCACGGUUAUGUCAAGGUGGUGGAGAUACUAUUGGAGCACGGUGCUGAUGCUAAAGUCAAGGACAACGACCUUAGAACGCCGCUCCAUGCAGCUUGCAACGUCUUUGCCAGCCGAAAGGUUGCUCAGCAGCUCUUGAGACGCGGCGCCGACCCAGAUGCGAGAGAUUUUGUAAGCCUUUCAACCACGAUGGCGUACUUUUCCGCUCUUCUGCUGCACCUGCGAUUGAUUCGUGAUGGGCUGCUGUGGCAGACGGGUGCACGGCCCUUGGAUCUGUACCUUCGCGGGGAUCUUAUCCAGCUGCAGCUUGUUGCAGAUCUAUUGCGUGCAACCCGUAACCCUUGCUCCUACCGAUCUUCGAAUUCCAAUGGGUUAGGCAGAACCACAUGGAUCAGCAAUCGCGAGUCGCAUGCUGCACACUACAUGGACAAGCGGGCCAGUGCGGUCAUGAUGGCGUACCUGCUAUUGUGCAAGCCGCUGGAGGAGUUGUUUGCUGAUUACUUGCAAGAUCGAGACGAAUUGAUCACGUCUGAGGCAAUAGAUCCCAAUUCUUUGACGGAAGAAGAGCAAGAUGAGCUCGAGGCAGACGCGAUGGAGGACGAAGAUUCGAUUGAGCCCAACACCGUUGGCUCUGUUGACGACCAGCACGACGAUCUACGAGCGGCCAAGCGUGUCGCACAGGAGGGCACGUAUGAGCUGCUGUUCAACAUUGCGCCAAUGCAGCUCGAAAAACAGCUUCGGCCAGGCCAAGUCUACCGAACCAUCCAGGCCGUGACCAACCAGUUUGUGUCUGAGGAAUGGCACAAGCUCAUGAAGCUGGUAGACGUAGAGGAUCAGAUCCAAGCCAAGACCGUGAAUGGACAGACCUGCGUGCAACAAGUGGUUCAUAAACAGGUGGUCAUCCAGUCAUCUCGGGUCAGGAACGCCAGCACACAGGUGCAAGAGACAGUGGGCACGCAAACAGAUCUCGAGGUUGAAGCCUGCGGCGACAAGGACGUGGAUGAUGAAUUGGUAGACAUGCUAAAGGCGACAGCCCUGACCCAUUUAUCAAAACGAUGCUUAAGAACGAAUUUCGUGUUGGUGCUUGCCAGACGUUGCCCUGCGGUACUCAAUGCCACCGUGCCUCUGAGGGCGGGCCUGGACGCUGAAAUGACCAAGAAAGAGCUGGUUGAGCCCCUCACAUCCCUGUGGCUGGCCCUGGUGGAGGUGGAGCUGAGCCUCUUUGACAACGACAAGGUGCACUUUGUCAACGUCUUCUUAUUGUGCACGGCCAUGUCCAAAGGAAGCGGCAUCCUGCAAGACAUCAGGCAGUGGACCACGACGCCCGCUGGACUGCUGUACGUUUUCAAAUUGUUUCUGCUUCGCCGUGGCAAGAAUGAGUCGUGGUCAGUGGCCAACGAGCUCAGGCCGUAUAUGCAGCCCGGGCGAUUGGUGCAUUUCUUGAGCCAGCGCAUGAGCAUGGCACGAACAGCGAGCGUGGCCGAGGGGCAGGCUGGAGUCGACGUCGAGGUCCGAGCCGAUGGCGACGUGACGGACGAGACGCUGCGCACCAUUGUCUGUCGAGGCAUUGAGCUCAAUGUGGAGGAGCUCGGGGCUGCAUUGGAGCAGAUGCGCAAAGACAUGACGGAAACUUUGGACAAGCACCUCUUGCUGGACUCACGCCUGCGGAAAGAUUACGAGAAAGAAUAUGAGCGGCUGCGAUUGAAGGAGGAUCGGACCAACAGGGUCAAGAACUGGUGGGUGGGCCAUGGCAGUCCAGCCGAGAACGCGCUGUUUGAUCACAUUGGCCAGACCCUGAGUCUGCGGCAAGAGUUUAUCCAAACCGAGCAUGGGCCCAGUGGCGAGCUGACCUUUCGAGAGGACAGGGUACGGGUAUGGCUCCUCUAUGUGUGCAGGUUCAACGAGCUAGCACUCACCUACACGCACAUUGCCGGAGGUCUGCCGCCACGAGCCUCUGUGUAUCAAGGGCUGUCCUACAAAAACGGCGUGGGCCGGCAACGAGCCGCGUUUUUUGCCGAGAAGCAGCUCUCCAUAUUGACCCGCGUGAGCAAGACCUACUGGCUGUCCCUGAACGAACAGCACACCUUUCGAUACAUGGACCAGGAAAUCAGCACGCUGAUAUUCAUGUAUUUGCUGCUGUGCAAGCCUCUGGAGCACAUGCUGAGCAGCUGGCUGCAAAAGCGGGGCGGGCUGGACACCCCCGACGACGAGAAUGGCAUUCACAAUGCCGAGCAGGACGACGAAGAUUUGCUCGACGACGAGCUGGAUGAAGACCACAUGAGCCACGACGAGACGAUGACAUUGCGACGCGAGGUCCGGGACGCUCGAAACCACUACAACAACAGCCACCUGCUCUUCAACAUUGCGCCCCUGCAGACGAUGGUCAGCCCAGCCACCAUAUAUGCGACAUUUCAUCGACAGAUGACCACGUACCUGCAUCGGCCAAAGCUGGGGGUGGCCACGUGGCGACACGCCGCAACCUUCUGGAUGACGACGUUUGUCAUUAAUCGACUGUCGGCCGAGACGACCGGCGCCCUGGGCAGCCUGAUCCACACUCAAGCUCAACACUCUGGGGACACGGCCCAGCGGGCCUAUGCGCGCACAGCCAGUGACCAUGUGCAAACCAAAAUGUCGUCGCGACUGAUGCAUCAAGUGGCCUCGCAAAAGUGGCAUGCUUUGUUUGGACUAGAUCGCAAGCGCAGCAUGGCCGAGUUGACCGCGAGCCAAGAAGCAUUGGAAGCUCGCUAUCCCAUCAGCUGGAACCCGGUGACUGACCUCUCGCCCGAGGCAAACGGGCGUAUCAUCAUGAACACGAGGGCCGAACAUGACGUACCCUACAUGACCCAGCUGGCCAAGCAGGCGACCAUCUCCUGGGGCCACAGUUUCAACAGCCAAGAACAGUUGGACCUGGCUGCGGCCAUUGACCAGCACCGGCCGGAAGAUGGAUGGCUGAUUGUUGUUGCACCGACAGGCAUGGGUAAAACAUUUUGUACCCUGCCCAAGCUGGGCUGUCGCCCGCAUGCCGGUACGGUGCUGUGGAUUGUGCCGUUUGUGGCCGUGGCCAACGAUCUGUUGCGGCGAUUCAAGGCGCAGCGGGUGAUGCGUCAGGCGAAUGGGGAGCGUGUGCACAUGAUGGUCUUUUGUGACACCGUGAACGAGGUGAAGCUGCUGUGUGACCAGCUGCACGCACGCGGCUACGUGGCCUUGCCCUACUACACCGACCUGGAGGAGAAGGCGCAAAAGGACCAUGUGGCACAGUGGCAACGGGGUGAAUGCGACGUCAUUGUGGCCACCAGCUGCCUCAGCACGGGUGUGGAUCUGCUCACCAUUCGCCACGUGCUGUGGUAUGGCAAUGGCUACAACGUCUAUACGCUGGCCCAGGCAUUUGGUCGGGCUGGUCGCGAUAAACAGGGAGGAACUGCCGAGCUGUGGCUACCAGUGAGACGUGGGCCAGCACCAGGCAUGGAAAAGUUUGUCGAGGGCAAUGCGUGCCGCAGCUGGGCGCUCGGCAAGUUGCUAGAUCCCCGCGCCGCGACAUGCUUUGCUGCCGGCCAGCCGCUUUGUGACGUGUGCGCAGGAACAGCACAGCGCCUGGAGCCAGCAAUAGCUGCGCGCCAGCAGCGCGCUGCCCAAGCGUUGAGUGUGGGGCAUGUGGAGGCAGAGCCCGAGGCGAUGGCGGAGGAGGAAGAUGUGUUGUCUGAGCCACCUGCAGCACGGCUCGAGGAAGAAGAAUCGAUCGGGCCAGGGUCCACCUUGGAUGUAACUUUAGCAUCAAACGUCGAAACAGCAGCAUCAUCAGGACCAGGUGCCGUUGCAGCGCAGUCGAGCAGAAGCACUCCACGUGCCCAGGACACGGCUGUGGUGGCGACAAAUGGAGGGCCAAUGACGGAUGCUGCUGUGCCACGGAUACAGACGAGUGAUGCUUGGAUUGAUGAGGCAGAUACAGCAUCCAUGUCGGUGCCAGCUUCACCCAUGGUCUCUGAUGCUGAUGACGAGGCGCCUUUACAGCAAGAGGCGCACGGCCCGGAGCAAACCAAGUUGGCAGAGGGCGAGAGCACGCCACAGCCAGUCAUGCAGUCAGCAGCACAGCCAACACCCACGAAACACACGCCAACCCCGUCGGCCUCGAUCAUUUGCGUGCCAGUACCAUCGGUCUCGGGUUCAACCUCGUCUCCGGCGCGAUCGGCUGCAAGCUCAGCCUCGGCAAAACGAGCAGCAUCGAGUGGCACGCGCACCGCUACCGUUGCCGCUACUGCUAUCACUCGCUCUGAAGCCCCGGUAUCUGCUGCGGCUACGCCACCGAAUCGGCACAACGUCGCCCCAAUAUUUCGGUCGAAAUCGGGGACAAAAAAAAAAUAUCUGAUGAACUACGCGGCGGCUGACAAGUUUAUUGGCGUUCUGAAGUUGAUGGAUGAUUACUGCAUGCGAUGUACCAUUCGACAGGCGAAACCCGUCCUGAAGGCCGAGCAUCAAUGCGUAUCUAAUCGUGGUUGCAAGCGGUGUCACUUCGGAGGACACGAGACAAGUGAAUGUUUCGUGGGCUUCGCAUAUCCCAAAUGGACGUGCUGCUACGCUUGUGGAAUGCCAAAGGGGAUUCGUGGAUGGGAUACACGGAAUCACCGUUGCAGGCAGUCUCAAGGACUGGAUUCGGGCCUGAGCUGUCUCCUCCUUUAUUCGGACUGUCAUUCGGGGCUGCGCGACCUGGCAAAACGGAUGGGCUACAACUUGAGGGAAAGGACAUUGAAGGAUAUAAAAACGCGCGACUUGUUUGUCAAGUGGCUGUACUCGUCCGGUCCUUGCCCAUUUCCAGGGGAUGGGCAUUGGCGUCUUGUGGAAUUUGUGUUUGAAAGUGCGAGGGUCCUGCUUCCCUGUGCGGCGGAAGCCCAAGUCGGCCCCCUCGACAGUUUUCGUUAA